ACACAGGAAGAGAGAGAUGAAACAGAAGGAAAGGCAGAGGAGGAAGGAGAGAGAGAAGAGAAGCAAAAGGGAAAAGGAGAUCAAUAAAAAGAAGUCAAACUUGUUUGAAACCUCAAGGGCUCCUCGGGCCAGGUCCCUGCCUGAUGGCUUUUAUGAAAAAAUAUCUCCUCCCCACUCUGGGGCUCUUCUUGGCCUACUACUACUAUUCUGCAAACAAGGAAUUCAGACCAGAGAUGCUUCAAGGAAAGAAAGUGAUUGUCACAGGGGCCAGCAAAGGGAUCGGAAAAGAGAUGGCUUAUCAUCUGGCAAGGAUGGGAGCCCAUGUGGUGUUGACAGCAAGGUCAAAAGAAAGUCUACAGAAGGUAGUAUCCCACUGCCUGGAGCUUGGGGCAGCCUCGGCACACUACAUUGCUGGCACCAUGGAAGACAUGACCUUCGCAGAGCAAUUUGUCACCAAAGCAGGAGAGCUCAUGGGGGGACUAGACAUGCUCAUUCUCAACCACAUCACCAAAUCUUCUAUGAAUUUUUUUCAAAAUGACAUUGACUAUGUGCGCAAAAUCAUGGAGGUGAAUUUCCUCAGUUACGUGGUCCUGAGUUCAGCUGCCCUGCCCAUGCUGAAGCAGCACAACGGAAGCAUAGUCAUCGUCUCCUCGUUGGCCGGGAAACUGGCUCACCCACUGGUUGCUCCCUAUUCUGCAAGCAAGUUUGCUCUGGAUGGAUUCUUCUCCUCCAUCAGGAAGGAAUACUCAAUGGCCAAAGUCAAUGUGUCAAUCACUCUCUGUGUCCUUGGCCUCGUAAACACAGGCACAGCCGUUAACGCAGUUUCUGGGGUAAUGAAUUUGCCUGCAGCUCCAAAGGAGGAAUGUGCCCUGGAGAUCAUCAAAGGCGGAGCACUGCGCCAAGAGGAAGUACAUUAUGACAGCUCACUCUGGACCACUCUUCUACUAGAAAAUCCAGGCAGGAGGAUCUUGGAAUUUAUCUACUUAAGGAAAUAUAACAUGGACAAAUUCAUAAACAACUAGGAACUCCCUUAGGGUUGGGCAUGGUGAGAGGUCUAGUGACUGUUCUGCCUGGCAUUUAUCUGAUCUGCAUCCAUGAAAGCAUCUUCCCAGAGAAAUAACUAGAGUGUCCCCAGAGAUAUGCAAGUCAUCGGUCACAUCUCACAAUUUGAAGGAGUUCCUCUAACACUUGCACAGUGGAAAUGUAAUUAUAAUGAAUUGUCAUAAACCAAUGCAGCCUACAGUUGCAAAAUUGAUAGUAGAUAUAGGUAUAAUUACAACAUGAUUGUAUCAAAUUUACCUCAUAUAUAAUAAUAUAAUGAAGCUUAAUAUAAUAUUACUUAUAAUAAAGGUCACAUAAACUGUAUAAAUUCAUAAC